CUCUCAGAUCAAAGAAAUUACCGUCGGAGUAGUCUUGUUCUCAAAGAAAUCCCCAAAAGCAAAACCCAGAAAACCAUCAAUGUCUGGAAUGGAAAGAUUGCAGCGGAUGUUCGCCGGAGCUGGUGGCGCGUUAGGCCACCCGCCACCGGACUCUCCCACUCUGGACUCUUCUGAGCAAGUUUACAUCUCUUCUCUUGCUCUCCUCAAGAUGCUUAAACACGGGAGGGCUGGAGUUCCUAUGGAAGUGAUGGGAUUGAUGUUAGGGGAAUUUGUGGAUGAGUAUACGGUGCGCGUUGUGGAUGUGUUUGCAAUGCCGCAGAGUGGUACUGGAGUGAGUGUUGAAGCUGUUGAUCAUGUUUUCCAGACCAAUAUGCUUGACAUGCUCAAGCAGACUGGCAGACCUGAGAUGGUUGUUGGUUGGUAUCAUUCACAUCCUGGAUUUGGCUGCUGGCUUUCUGGUGUUGACAUCAAUACUCAGCAGAGUUUUGAAGCACUGAAUCAACGAGCAGUGGCUGUGGUGGUGGACCCUAUUCAAAGUGUUAAAGGGAAGGUGGUAAUUGAUGCCUUUCGCUUGAUCAAUCCCCAAACUAUGAUGCUUGGCCAAGAGCCACGUCAGACAACAUCAAAUCUGGGACAUUUGAACAAACCAUCUAUCCAAGCAUUGAUCCAUGGUUUGAACAGACACUACUA